CAUUCCAAGAUGGCGACGGGUCUGGAUGGGGAAAUCCGCAAGCUCCGCAAAAAGCUGCGACAAAUCGAGAAUUUGGAGCGGAUGGACCGAGAUCUGACCGAAGAAGAGGAAACUAAGGUAUCUAAGAGGUUUGAGAUCCGGGAGAAGCUGCACGAGCUGCUGGCCCAGCUGCCCAGGAACAGUGCAGCGAAGGUCAGACGCGAGGAGUCACAGGCCGUGCUGUUCACUUCAGAGAGCUGCAGCAGGUCAUCCACAACAGAAACUAUCCAGGCUGAAGUCUCCCUGGAGAUGAAGAGACAACUGGAGGAGACACAGAAUGGAGAAGUGCAGACUGAGGGUGAGGCUGGGGGUGAUGGUGACCUUGAGGGGACAGCAGCGGACAGCACGACCCAGCCAGCUAAGGCACAGAAGGUCAGCACCCCUGCCGGCGCAGAGGGGGAAACCCCGACAGUAGCAGCUGGACCGUCCUCCUCUCCCACAGAACCAGCAGCCCCCGCACAGAAAACUGGGAAAACUGCAGAAAAAGAAACCCCCCAGCCGAAGACCCCAGAGGAGAAGAAACAGGCGAGACUACGGCAGAUGUGGCGUGGACUGCGCUUCUCUGUCAGUCUCCUCAAGGGUCACGAGGACGUGGUGACCUCCGUCAGUGCCGAUGGGUCACUGCUGGUCACAGGCAGCCGAGACACGACAGUGAAGGUUUGGGACAUGAAGAAGGCGACAGAGAAGCGGAGUCUUGGCGGGCACACGGGGACAGUCACCUCCGUCAUCCUACUGUCACCAGACGAGAGCAGGCGCCUCAGUCUCCUGUAUGAUCUGUUCUCUGAUUGGUCAGAGAAGGACAGGCUGGUGAUCAGCGGCUCGACGGACUGUUCCAUCCGACUCUGGUCCAUCGGACGAGGUUGUGACUUCAGGUCCAUCUACACCUACAGCUCUGUGCAGAGUCUGUGCUACUCUGAGGAGGAAGGACUCAUCAUCUCAGGGUCAGAUGGGGGGAAGAUUCAGGUCUGGGACUCGGAGACCAGAAGUAACAUCCAGUCCAUUCGGGGACACAACACAUCUGUCACCUGUCUACAGGUUGAGGGAACACACGUGGUCAGUGUCUGUGAGGAAGGCGUGGUGAAGGUUUGGGAGAUCCGCGACCAGAACCUGCACGUGGUGUACGUGAACGAGAGUGUGAAGUGCGACCCGCCCGGCCCGCUCAAGGCCAGGCCCAUCCUAUCACUGGCCUACGCCAACAACAAGAUUUACUACGGCGACGACGGAACCAACAUUAAAGUCCUGGACUGGAAGUCCGGAACAGUACAGAAGCUGCCUAACCACCUGCGAGGGUUCGGGUCCACAGACAGCAUGGUGGCUGUGGAGGGAACACUGCUGGUCAGCUCCGGGUACGAUCUGGACACCGGCAUCGGAUAUCUCAAUGUGCGCAGCCUGCCCAGUGGCGAGUACCUGGCUUCCCUGUGUGAUGACGAGGCGGGGAGACUGACCUGUGUGGCGCACACGAAAGUCACCAACCGGCAUCGCUUCGUCACAGGAGGGAGCGAACUGUUGGUCUGGGACCAGGCACUACCGACUGAGAGAGAGGUGAUAGCUGCACACUACGAGGAGACGUUUGCUGGGCCGGUGGAACACUCCGAGGAUGAGAGCGACGAGGAAGAGGACGGGAGGGACGACAUCGAGACCGGGCGGCGGAGGCGCAGAAGCAGCGCCCAGCUCGCACAGGACGCUUCCUGCCAAUCAGGACAUGUCCUGGCAGGUCAUGUGAUCCACAGCCAAUCAGAAUGCAUCCUCUUGCACGGUCACUUGAUCCGCAACCAAUCAGGACACAUCCUGGUGCACGGCCACGUGAUCCACAGCCAAUCAGGAUGUGUCCUGUUGGACGGUCAUGUGAUCAACAGCCAAUCAGUUUGCAUCCUGCUUUGUGAACACAUGAUCCAAUCAGGAAGGUUCCUGGUUUGUGAACAUGUGAUCCACAGCCAAUCAGGGGUCUCAGAAUGAAAUCCUGUGGAUUCCGUUUUUGCUCUACAAGACAAAAAAAAUCUUCAAUGUUCAACUCAUUUGUCUCUGCUGGAAUGACUAGACUGUACUUGAGACUAAGCAGAGAUACCUGCAGUCUAGCUGAAUAGUUCUUCACUACUUUUUGCUGUUUUAGACUAUUUGACAAGUUGAUCAAGGAGCUAGCUUAGUCCUAAAAGCCCCAAGCUCCAAAAAUAGGAGUGGACAAAAAGCAGAUAAUAUGCAAGCAAUUCAAUAUAAUCGAGUCUUUUGUACAUUACUGUAUUAUAACUUGUCACAAUAUCUCUGAUGCAAUUUUUUAGCUGUAUGCUUUUGUGAGAAAAUUAAUGAAGUUUUGGGGCAGCUUAGUCUUUUGUACAGUACUGUAAGAUCCUAUAACAGCAUCGAAAGUCUGUUUAAGUUAACGUUGCUGUAAAGCUGACUUUAUGUUUUAAUGAUGUUUUAUCGAUUUAUACGAUAAGAGAGUGAUAGUAAGAGAUGUUUGUAUGUCUGGUACGUACGAGUAAUGUGCUUGUGGGUGCUUUUGGAGAAGUCCAAAUUCUUAUUUCAAAUUUCAACGUGCUUCAUAAUGACUUCAACCAACACGUAAACGUUAAAGAUAAUGUUUUAUUGUGGGAAUAUCAGCUGUGACAGAACCAUGCAACAAGAAUCUAUGGCAACCUUUUUUGUCAAGACAGCAGAAAUUUUGUACGAGUGCAAAGUUUAACUGUAAUGCAUGACUGUCCUCAGUAUUUGCAGACGUACCCUUUCACAUGACGUAUGUGACAUAGGGCCCUUUCGAACAUGGAACUGGGACCUACUGACCCACACAGUAAUUAAUGUGCAAAUUGGGAUUCGAACCACAGACCUUUUGAUCCAAAACUGGGAAUGUUGAUAAAUUAUGAAAUGCUCUCAGGGUUUGGUCUGUUUCUAAGGAUAAAGAUUGCCAACACGUUGAGACAAAGACUUGUCAUAAGGGUAAAGGUUCAGACAGUCAGACCUUUUCAAGAAAUGUCAUGUUUUGAGACAGUCAUUGAGAAGUCAAGAAACUCGCUGCCUUGCACAUUGUAUAUGUAUCGGAUGCAAAAGUAAUUAACUAUAAAAAGGAACCAG